AUUAAUAAAAUUUAUGAUUCACCAUCUCUUCUGCAAUGUCUGAAGCUACUAGUGGCCCUGGCCGGGGAGUCAGUUUUCGUCGGCGCAGACCUUAUCUCCAGGAACUUUUGCAAGGCGGGCGGAGGAGAACUCUUAAUUCAAAGCAAUCAAAUGAAAGGUCGUCAAGCGUUUCAAGCCCAACUGAAAACGAUCCCGUGUUGUUACAAGGACAUGAUGGUGGCGUUGCUGAAGUAAAGCAUGGUGAGCUGCUUAAAACAUCUCGCUCAAAAGUUACCGGUAAAGUACAUGGGCCUCCUAGAAGACGGAGGUUUCGUUUGACAGAACAAUCUCUGGAAUAUUUUCAACCCUUUAGUCAGGUUAAAGUUCGUCGUACGUUUCCUUUGACUAGUAUGGAAAAGAUUGAACUUGUAUCGGACAGUCCAGCAUCAUUUCGUAUUACUUUUCAUAAUUUUGUGAUGGAGCUUGAAGCAUCUAAUCCUUUUGAAGCAAAGCAAUGGGUUGAUGCCCUCACUGAAUGUGUCUCAAAAUGGACAGAGGAUACAACAGCAAUAAAUCAGAGUGAUGAAGACAACAUUUCUUCCUGUAGUUUUGAUGACCUUUGUCAUGAAAAUAGUGAGUCAGCUGCUUCAUCAGCAAAACCACCAACUGAUAGUUUGCUAUUACCAAUCAUGACACAACAAAGAAGUGACUCUGAACUGGAAACCUCUACUAGCCAUCGUUUUCCUGGAAAACAAAGAAAAUUAAUAUUGCAUAGACAUGGAUAUCGAAGAAGGAGUAAAACAUCAGGAGCUAUAUUAAGGAGGCAGAGCACUGACGAUGAUCCAUAUAAUGCUGAGCAUCGAAGAAGAAAAACAAUUCGAAGAAAAUUGCGCCUUGCACCAAAAUUAGAAAAGCAAAAGGCUGUGAUAAAUACAUCUACAGACGAAAAGUUUGAUUUCAAAAAGUUGCAUGGAGAUUUUGCUAUGAUAAAGUACCCACGCAGAAACAGAUGGGCUAUCCCAAGUGAAAAGAUAUUUUCAAUUGAUAAAGAUAACUUGCAAGUAAUGUGGAAAAAAACAUCAUCUGCUAAAGUUAAGAUGUCAUCUUUCUUGAGGUUAGAUUCGAUUUUGGAAGUACGGCUGGGCCAGCAAUCAUAUGGUUUUGAAAGAUUUCCUUAUGCUGAAGUAGAUGAACAGUCCUUUUCUCUAAUGUAUGAAAACGUAAAAGGAAAGUAUGCUCGGCUAGAAUCACUGGACUUGGUUUGUGACCAUCCUAGACAUUUUGAUGAAUGGAUUAAAGGAUUGGACUCUUUGCAAAUUGGGCCAAUAACUAGUAUGUUUCCGACAAGGUAUGAAAAUACUGACCCAACUUUAAUCUGGUUAAAGAGGUACUGGACUCUGUGUCAAGAUAAACAUGAGCUAAAUGAAAGGGAUGCUUAUUUCUUAGUCAGAUUUUUUAAUCCUAAUGUCAAUGCUCAUCAACUCAAGCGCCUUGUUACAGAAGCUCAUAGCAAUCAACAUGAAGCAACUAUUGGACAUGGCAACACAUUAAAAUGGGAUGGAUUUGUUCUUCUGUAUAACAUAAUGUGUGGUGAAACUGGCAGGUUGUACAAAAUAUUUCAAUCAUAUGCUAUCACUCAUAAACGCCUUGGUCUGACAGUAAAUGAGUUUAGAGAUUUUUUGCAGAAGGAGUGCUAUUGGAAAGAUGAAGAUUGUAGCCACCAUCGACUAAAAGAAUUGAUCAGUUUCCAUGAUCACCAUCACAGAUCUUUCAAGAAGUUCACCAGCAGCAACAAGCCAAGUAACUGGAAGAAAUCUACCCGUCUCCUUUCAUUUGCUGGAUUUUUAAGCUUCCUUCGUAGUAAACAAAACUCUCCAGUAAAUCCUCUUCACAAUACUGUCUAUCAAGAUAUGGAUCAGCCACUGUCCCAUUACUUUAUUAAUUCUAGUCAUAACACAUACCUUGAAGGAGAUCAAAUUAAAGGAACUUCAUCCCUUGAUGCUUAUGCUAGGGCACUCUUGUUAGGUAGCAGGUGUAUUGAAAUAGACUGCUGGGAUAAUAAUCUUGGAAGCGAACCAAUUAUAUAUCAUGGAUACACCCUCACAACAAAGCUGAACUUCAGUGAUGUUGUGCACACUAUUAAGGACUAUGCAUUUCGAAUGACACACUAUCCGCUCAUUAUCUCAAUUGAGAACCAUUGUAGCAGUGCUCAACAAGCUAAAAUGGCUACCAUUUUUGUGCAAGAGCUGAAAGAUCAAUUAGGUCAAAGUAUGCUGCCUACAGAAAAUCUUGUUGAGGGACCUGAUUUUUCAAGACGUCGAUUGCCUUCACCAUUAGAACUUCAAGGCAAAAUACUAUUGAAGGGUUCAUGGCAUGCACAAUCAAGCAAACCUACAGCAUCAAAGGCUUCCAAAGCCUUUCUGAUGAUGAAAAAAACUUCUAUGGAUCUUCUUGGAACCUCUGAUGCAAAGGCACAGGCAGUUGAUAACCCUGCUAAUCAAACUCUUCCUAACCCUCCUAAUGAAAAGUUACCUGAUAAUGAUACUGAUAAGAAAAAUGUGUAUAUAUUUGAACCUAAAGGUUCUGUACGCAGAGAAGGAUCAAGUUUCAGACGUCAAGUCAAACAACAUCACGGUAACAUUGAAAUACCUGAAGAUGAUCAAGAACUAUUAUACACUGAAACAUCAGAUGACUUGAAAAAAUUGAUAGUCUAUUGUCGGAGUACUUCAAUUAAGCCAUGGAGUUGGACUGAACAGAAGUUAACCUCAAUAUGUCAGAUGUUUUCUUUUUCAGAAAUUUCCCUUGAUAAGCAUUGUAAACGGUCUCCUAAAGAAAUGAUGCGUUGCUCUGAGCGUCAGCUAGUAAGAACAUAUCCUCGUGGUUCCCGAAUUGAUUCUAGUAAUUUUGACCCCAUUCCAUUUUGGAAUCAUGGGAUUCACAUGGUUGCUCUGAAUUACCAAACACCAGACAUGUUUAUGCACUUGAAUCAGGGUCGUUUUCGACAAAACGGAGGUUGUGGUUACAUUCUCAAGCCUGAAAUAAUGAGAAGAGCAAAUCCUGGUGCAUGUUUGCAGCCUUUUGAUGUAAACAUGAAAGAGCCUCACCCAUUAGUACCUGUUUGCAAUUUUGAACUUGAGUUACUGUCUGGACAGAAUUUGGCUCCAUUGGGGAGGAAAUCUACUAAUUUCUCUGUGCAUAUUAGCCUUUGUGGUAUACCUGAAGAUUGCAGUGAAAUAAUGAAGGCAGAAACAGUUGAUUCAUUCUGGCCUCAGUGGCCAGAGAAUCAACAUACUCUGAAACGUCGCAUAUUGAUGCCAGAAUUGUGUCUUCUUUACAUUCGUGUGAUUAGCGACAGAACACUCCUUAUUGGCCAGAAUUGCAUUGCUAUAUCUAGUUUGUGUCCAGGAAUUAAAUUUAUUCAAAUGCGUAAAUCUAGCGGUGAGCUUGUACCAGAGUCUGGAAUCUUUGUAUGGAUUAAGACUGAGUUUGAAACUCAUGCACAAUUACAAGCAUCUUCACUUGAGCAAGAUAUUACAUGUAAUGGAAGUGGUAACGUUUCAGAAAAUGACUUAGUAGUUACUGCUGAGCAAAACCAUGAUUCCCAAAGUAUUGACUCUACUUCUGCAGCUGAGACACAGUUCCAUAUUCAAUCACAAGAUGAAGGCAGUGACAGAGAGGUGCAAACUCUUGAAGUACAUGUGGAUGUUUAUUGAAUAAAAAUACCAUUUUUUGAUAAAACAACAAUGAUAAAUAUUUUAUUGAUUAUUAUUUUUUACUGAUAUUUUUUUAAGUUUUUAAGAUUGGUCACUACAAAACAA